AAACAAGCAGGAGCGGCAUAAACUUGCUACUGCUUAGAAUCAGUAGCAAAAAAGGGCAGAAUACCUGUUUGAUGUCUAAUUGAAAUACAUCACAUACUUUUCGCCCAAAGAGCCUAUAUAGCUUACAAUCUGAUACGACUACAUAUGUCGCUUUAAUUGCUGGUUGUACUUAUGAAUUUUAUAAAGGGUCAACGUUUGACUUCGUUUCUUAAUAGUGGAUUUGAAACACUGAGCAGGAACCACUUCAUCCGUUAUUGUUUCCUAGAGGGAUGAAUAAUCAGAGCACACAGGAAUUAAAAUAGUUUGAAAACGGAAUGCACAGCUAGCCAAUUGUCAUUUAUUUAUCAUUUUGAUUUAGGGUAUAUCGAGCUUGUCCUUAACAGAGAUAAAUUUAUUUUGGCCACUGUUUAUUAUAUACAUAGCUAGCCAUUUGACUGAUCCUCCUAGUCUCUGCAACAGCUACCGCUGCUGUCCAGAGAGCUUUUCAACAGAUCUUGAAGAUGUCAUCUAAACCGACUUGUCUCAUAGUGGCAAGUGGUACUCUACAUGGAGUGACUGCACAGUCGUUUCUCCAGUCUUUCAGUCUGUGCAGCCCGGUAUUUAAUUUACAGACUGCGACGCCAGGGGGAAAAUCUAUUGACUUUGUUGGGGUGGAUGAUAGCUCAUCCAGAUGGAUUCAGGAAUUCAGUGCGAAGCCAUACGCCAACCCAGCAAAAUUGGAGUCCAUAGAUGGAGCACGUUAUCAGGCCUUGCUGAUCCCUGACUGCCCUGGUGCCCUCAGUGACCUGGCACAUAGUGGAUCACUGGCUCGCAUUCUUGCUCAUUUCACAUCCCAGCAAAAACCAGUGUGUGCAGUGGGCCAUGGGGUGUCUGCACUGUGCUGUGCCACUGAGGGACAGCGCUGGAUCUUCAGUGGCUACAGCCUGACGGGGCCAUCUGUGUUUGAGUUAGUGCGGCAGACUGACUUUGCCAAGCUGCCACUUAUAGUGGAAGACUUUGUGAAGGACAGUGGUGGCUCUUACACUGCCAGCACAGAGGAUGCAGUCCAUGUGGUUCUAGAUAGACACCUGGUCACGGGUCAGAACCAACAGUCCACUUGGGCCGCAGUAAACAACCUCAUUAUACUUUUUAAUGGAAGGAAGUAACAGCGACUGUGUGGAGCACCGCUCUAUUUCUGCUCCGGUUCGAAUUUCCUGUGUAUUUAUCCAUCUGUCACCGCGGCUGUCUGCUGUCAGAACAUCUGCUCUCAUUUGCUAUGGAUCUUCCAGAAAUAGAUCUAGACAACUGAUGGAUUUUGUCUCAGUUAAAAUGAUUACUUUUCUGAUUUACACAGUAUAGAAAAUCUUCAUUGUUUAUUUCUCCUACACUCUCCUACACUUUUUAAUAGAUCAUUUUUUUGUUAGGCCUAUAUUUAUAUUCAUCCAGCUUCGUUAACUGUUUACCUAGCAGAGGGUCACGGUGAACUUAUUCCAGGAAGCACAGGGUGGAGGACACUAUGAACAGGAUGCCAGUCCAUCACAAGACACGCACACACAGGUUUGUAGUUAUACUGUAUGUUUGAAGGGACUCUCCAUUCAUUUCUAUGGGGGAAACGACCUUAACCCCUACCCAGCCCUAACCUUAACUAUAAGCAACCAAACAAAAUAGGAGGCUUUUUUAGCUUUUUCUAAUUCUCAGAAAACCUGAAAAAUGGUCCCCACAAUGUCAAAAGUAACAUGUUUAUAUCACAAUGUGGGUACAUUUGGUCCCCACAACGUAAUAUAAACCGAAUCCACACACACACAGCCAUGGGUGGGAACUGAACAUGCAACCCAGGAGAGCCGUAGACCCACUCACUGAAGUGCCAUGCCUUAAUUCUAAAGUGCAAUAUUUUGGUAUAGGUACAAGGCAGGAUAAACAAUGACUUUUAAGAACCUUUAAUUUUAUUCAUUAAACCUCCCCAAUUAACUCGAGUCAUAAUAUGUUGGGCUGAUACUGACAAUUAUAAAUAAUAUUAUGACCAGUGUAGAAUAGUUACAGAUUUUUGCAAGAACAUAAAAUGUAUAACUGAAAGAUUGGUGCAAGAUGGUUUCCUGUUCAGGAUUGGCUGGGGCACAUGUCUGAAAGAGUGCAAUAAAAGAACAUGCGUGAUGUAAAAUUACCAGCAUAUAAGAAAGAAAAAGUCUUACUUUGGUGUGUAAUUUUUCAUUUCUAAGCAAUAACAUUUGUCCAGAUGUUAUGUAACAGUUAAUGGAUGGUAAACCAUGUAUUAGACAUUUUUAAAUGCACAUCAGCUGAAGCAAAGAGCCACCUAUUGCACAGAGGGGUGUGUUUAAAAACAUAUAAUGCAAAACACGGAGAGCGCUAUUCCAGUCACUACACGUUCGGCUUACACAUUUGUAUGAAACAACAUUGUUUUUAUGUUUUGAAGCUGAAAAUAUUAGCAAAGCUAAUUUCUUUGACCAGUGGUUAAACAUUUUUUUUUAGACGUGAUCCAAGCCACCAUUGUUAAUUUGAAAAAUUUCUGUUGUUAAACCCAAAGGCCAGCCAUGAGUUUGAAAUUUCCUAUUUAAUUCCUAAUCCUGUGACAAUAAAGUUCAAAAAAGUUUGGGAUUACA